ACAAGAUGUCCAAGACAGGAGUGACCGAGUUGGAGACUACCACUGCCUUGCCGCCGGCAAAGCGUGGCUUUGGUGCACGCUUGGGGGCGCAUUUCAAGAAGUGGUGGUGGGUGCACUUGAUCAUCUUCAUCGCGGUCUUUCUUAUCAUCUUGUUGCCCGUAGUCUACGUGGCAUACCCCAAAAUCGCCCAGGACCAAGUCAACGACUCCACCCUCAACAUAACCAGCAUGGUCAUCGCCGACCCAACCCCAGAAUCAUUCCACCUGACCCAAACCCAAGUCAUCGGCUCCAAGAGCUCCUACCACCCCAAGAUCUACUCCUUCCUCGCCUCAGUCUCCCUGCUCGGCUCCGCGCACGCCUUUACCUCCGUGCAAGUGCCGGAAGUGAAGUCCAAGGACGGCGCCGAGGUGAAUGUGGACCAAGUUGUUGAUCUGAGCAAUGCGGAUGCAUUCGGUGACUUUGCGCAAGCUGUUAUGCUGAACGAGGAGGUCAAGUUGAAUAUUUAUGGUAAACCGAAGUUGCAGGAGGGCUCUUUGCCUAAGUCUACGGUUACGUAUAACAAGACUGUUACUAUGAAGGGGUUGAACAAGCUCACAGGCUUCGACGUCACUGAGUUCCACAUCAUGCUGACGCCGGAAAACGGUCGUAACAUGAACGGCACCGUUUACAUUCCCAACCCCUCCGUGAUGACAAUCACCAUGGGCAACGUAACUCUCGACCUCUCCGUCGCCGGCCAACCAAUGGGCUACUCGUACCUCGAUGACCUCGUCCUAAAGCCUGGCAACAACACCAUCCCAAUGACCUCCAAUGUCAACCAAUCCGCCAUCAUCAGCCUAGUCACUUCGAGCUCGAACCCAUACAAGGACGGCAUGGUCCCAUUCACCAUCUCAGGUAACUCGAGCGUGUACGAUGGCAAGCAACUGCCUUAUUUCACGCAGGCGCUAGCUGCGAAUAACCUCACCGUCAACUUGAACGUGACCAAGGCUUUGGCCGAGAUUGGAAUUAAGCUUUGA